AUGGUAGUUCAAUGCUACUGGCUUUUCGACAGAUAUUACAAGUACCCGAUAGAGGUGAAGAUGGAUAUGAAAGUGUCCAGUUCAUUGGAAUUUCCCAGCGUUACAAUUUGUAACCUGAACCCAAUAAUACAGUCCAAGGUGUUUUAUAAACCCUACAAGCCUCUGAUAGAGUAUGUGGAUCCAACUGUUCAUGAUUCCCUGUUUCAAGAAGCUAUUUCCAACUGGCAGUUUCAUGUUAGGUGUGACAACACAAGCUAUAAAUGUAACAACGGACAGUGUAUUUAUAGCGCAUUUGUCUGUGAUGGUUUUCUUGACUGCAUGACAGGAGAAGAUGAAGCAAACUGCACAGAAGUUGUUUGUGGGGAAGAUUAUGCUGAAUGCAACAGUUCCGACAAAUGUAUUUCGAAGAAUUAUGUCUGUGAUGGCCUUCGCGACUGUUGGUAUGGCGAGGAUGAGUCGUUUUGUUCUUGCAAGAAUACAGAAAGCAGUGAUAGUUUGAGUCAUUCAAAGGUUUGUUUCUAUUUUAAAAUUAUACACAAACUGCAACUGACACAAAAGCGCAAGGUUAACAGGAGGUUUCUAAAGGCCAGAGAACACCUCAGAUUGAAAAGACACGUUCGAUCUACAGAGCCGCCCAAAAAUACCAGUGUUCAAGUGGACUGGAAAACAGUGCUCAUUAAUUCGUCUUUCAAUAAAUGGAAUUUUCUUGACGACCCAUCGAUAACGGCUAAUUAUUAUGAAGAACGAGACGAAGAAUACCAAGCAUCGAUGACCUACGCCUACAUUACAGCAAAGCUAGAUCCUCUUGUUGUGGAAGAGUCGGGCCACUUGAAGAACGACCUGAUAGCUGCCUGUAGGUUUGGGGGCUACCAGUGUUCACCUGCGAAUUUCACGUACUUUCACAGCUACAAGUACGGUAACUGCUACACGUUCAAUUCAAAAAAGUCUGCAAACGGUACAGAUCUGUACACAAAAUUUCCAGGCCCUGAGUAUGGUCUAAGAUUAGAGCUCUUCCUGGAUCAGGAGAACUAUGUUCCAUACUUGGCAACCGAGGCUGGUAUCAGGGUUUUGGUUCAUCGUAAAGGUACAAUGCCAUUUCCUGAAGACGAAGGUAUUUCCAUUAUGCCUGGCCGCUCAACGUCAAUCGGUAUAAGACAGGUAUCCUUUACUCGACUCCCGCCUCCUCACGGCGUGUGCAGCGACAAAGCCAAGAGAACAGACUACUACGAGAAAAGCUCAGGCAACCUGGUUCUCAACGCCUGCAACUGCUCGGUACCUUUCUACUAUGUACUGGAAAACACAACAAUCUGUAAUAUGACAGAGAUGUUCACCGAAAUGUGCGUCAAUCGCAUAUUUAUGAUUCAAGGAGAAAACAUCGAGAAGUGUGACCAAAUGUGCCCCAUUCCUUGCAACGAUACCAAGUACGAACUGUCUGUCUCCAUGGCAAUAUGGCCGUCAGAAAGAUACCAGAGUUUUCUUAUCAAUAAACUGGGUCAGACAAAUUAUAAAUACAUGGAAACAGAGGACAGUGCCAGCGAUUUUACCAAACUCCAGAUCUACUUCCAAGAUCUCAUCUACGAGCAGGUGGAGCAGCAAAAGGCGUAUGAGAGUAUGAGCUUGAUCAGUGAUCUCGGAGGCCAGUUAGGAUUAUGGCUGGGUCUGUCAGCAAUUACAAUUGGGGAAAUCUGCAGCUUUCUGUUCGGUGUGGGACGGUCACUGUCUUACAAAUGUUGGGGGAAUAAAACGAUGCAAGAUGACCUGACCCCAAUAACCACUAUCCAGCCAGCUACUCUCCAAGAAAUGUACGAAGAUCUGUGUCCAGAAGCGGCCAAGUACCUGGCCCCUGAAGGGAGAUCAACUUCACUCUCUGAUUCAGCUUAUGCUUGA